AACCGAUUCAUUAAAAAGAUAUAAUUGACGCCAGAGUUAAUACAUUUGUUUUUACCAAAUCUUUAUUGUUGUUUUGUGGAUCUUUACGUCGGCAUUUCUUCUUAUUAAAAAAGGUUUUGUGGUUUUAUUGUGAUAAGAGAAGCCAAUAUGCAUUGCAACAAUGGUCCUGGAUACGCGUCUCCCUUGGACGCAAUGAAAAAUGGCCCAAGAGAAAAACUUUUAUACACAGCAUGCGUACAACCGGAUCAAACCCGUGGCAAAAGUGAUGUACUCGCCACAGUUGACGUAGAUCCAGAAUCUCCUACAUAUUGCCAAGUCAUUCACCGGCUAAGAACAGGCAGACCGAACGACGAACUUCACCACAGCGGUUGGAACAUUUGCUCCAGUUGUCAUGGCAAAACCGGAUGUGCCAAAAGGGACAAAUUAAUUUUGCCUGCCUUACUUUCGAAUAGGAUUUUCGUUGUGGAUGUUGGAAAAAAUCCAAAAGCUCCAUUUAUGUACAAGGUAAUAGAGGCUUCUGAAGUAAACAAAACCAACUGUACAGCACUACACACAACCCACUGCUUAGCUUCUGGAGAUAUCAUGAUCUCAGCCAUGGGGGACAUAGACGGAAACGCUAAAAGUGAAUUUGUUUUAGUUGACUCCACGAAUUUUACAGUAAAAGGCACGUGGGUUCAGGGUGAAGGAGCUAAGUUUAACUAUGACUUCUGGUAUCAACCGUACCAUGACGUGAUGGUGUCAUCUGAAUGGGGUGCCCCGAGGGUUUGGAAGAAAGGAUUUAGCGCCUCGGAGCCCGGUUCGACCGGUCAGAGUUUAAACUUUUAUUCCUGGAGUAAAAGAGAGUUGAUACAAACAGUUGAUUUAGGAAAAGAGGGAGCAAUUCCACUGGAAGUACGCUUCUUACAUAAUCCCAAGGAGGCCCAGGGUUACGUUGGAUGUGCCAUGGGCUCCAGCAUUUUCAGGUUUUAUAAGAAAGAAGAUGGUACAUGGGCUGCUGAUAAUGUCAUCAAGGUUCCGCAAAAAAAAGUUUCCGGAUGGGUUUCAUCACACAUGGGUGGGUUAAUAAGUGAUAUUUUGAUAUCACUGGACGAUCGUUUCCUCUACUUCUCAAAUUGGUUACAUGGGGAUGUUAGGCAGUAUGAUAUUACUGACAGAGCCAACCCUAAAUUGACCGGUCAAAUAUUCUUAGGAGGUAAGAUAGUAAGUGACUCCGGAGUGAAAGUUUUAGAAGACGAGGAGUUAACUGAACAACCCAAACCGGUAUACAUAAAAAAUAAACGGUUUUAUGGCGGUCCUCAAAUGUUGCAACUGUCCCUAGAUGGAAAAAGGUUGUAUGUGAGCACCAGCCUAUUUUCGCCAUGGGAUAAAGAAAUCUACCCUGAAACGAUUAAAGAGGGAGGCCGAAUAGUGAAACUCGAUAUCGAUGUGGAAAAUGGUGGUAUGAAGUUGGACGAGAACUUUUUGGUAGAUUUUUCCGAAGGGUCUGAUGGUCCUUUACUUCCGCAUGAGAUGAGGUAUCCUGGUGGAGACUGUACCUCAGACAUUUGGCUGGCUAAUGAAGAAAAUUGAAUGGUCUUCAUUGGAUCAUUCAACACAAUGAAUAUAAAAUAUAACACUAUGUAUAUAUGAUUUAUACAACAUUGUCAUUUUUUUAUCUUACUAUAAGACCCCUUUUUACGUAUAAAAAAUGUAUUUUUUUAAUAUAUCUUAUAUAAUAUAUUACUUCAAAUUUUUGCAAAUUCAA